AUGGAGAGGAAAUUGGACCCAUGUUUCAUUACAUCGAUAUUCGCUCGAAUGACGGCAUACACGGCUUGUCGAAGAUUCGACUCAGCUCACAUGAGUCCCUUUGAGCGCUUGCCUCCCGAACUUAAACUCCAGAUCUUCAACUACUGCGAUCCACUGUGCGUCUUAAACGCGGCUCUGACAGGACCGGCGCUCUACGCUUUUGUGGAGGCCAACGAGUCUCGGAUCGCUAGAAGCAUCAUUUGUGGGAAUAUCAGUCCGGAUCUGAGAUGUCUUGCGGCGGCCCGUUAUCGGGCAGACCACUAUGGCUUCCCGGUCGCCCGCAGUGAAAGUGGUGAACCACAGACUUUCGGGAGGCAGUUCUUCACUAGAAAAUUCGUACGGGACGGGUUAAGGGACGACAAAGUAUUUGAGGCUCGCAACGAAGAUGGCUUCUAUGCCAACUUCAAGUUCACACUUGAAAUCGCCCAUAAGCUGAUUUCAUUUGACCAUACCGUCUUGUGCUUCGCCUAUAUCUUAGGGAGGAUUGCUAUGCACAAGGGGCCGUUAUCGACAAUCCCAUUGGACAACGGUGAGCCAAUGGCCCCGGACUAUGUGACCCAUUUAUCACCCGGGGAGCUCCAUCGCUUCAUGAAAGCAUUAUACAUAUUCGAAGUAGCUUCAGCCGUCCUCCCCUUUGUCGACGUCCCCGACGUAACCAACCAGCAGUAUGCGAUAUGGCAUAACUUCUGGGAGCAGUUCCCUCCUUGGGAACUACAACAAGUCCGAUGUGUACAGAGAAUGCUGCAGGACUGGGUUGACGACCUUGUCACACGUCAGGGCGGCUAUUUGACCAUCCACCCCGACGAAGCUAUGCUAGGGCAAUUCGUUAUCCAGAAGGGGCUAGUCGGCCUCCGGGAGCUCGAGAUUAGGCCAGGAUGGAUUGGUGCCGUCCAGAAUCGCAUAGCUGAAUUCUCGGGUAGCCUUCAGAUGAACACCCUUCCACUCCGAACAGAAAUAUGGAUGAAGGGGAUGGACGAGUUCUGGAUGCCCUAUGACCAGGACUUUGACGAGGUCGGUCUGAACGCGACAAUACCCAUGAACUGGUCCGAUGAGGAGGACUCGGGCCCCAGAGAUGCUUGGCUACAUACAUUGCUCGAGAAUCGGGUAUAUGACAAGAUAUUCAGGGCAGGCUACUUCUUGCAGUUCUCAUGCGAGCCCUGCAUGACUCGAUGGGGGUUCGUCUUUUGGGACCGGGCUAAAUUGGAAUGGCAUUCCCAGGAAACUAUGCCAACGGCCGAGCAGAUGAUGGAUGUGGCUGGGGACACAUUCUUGCCCAGGGAAAUCUUCCAGUUCGCAGAAUGGGGCCGCCAAGGAGGAAUUUGCCCGGGCUGCGUAUGGUCGGCGAGGGUUUCUGCGGAGGAGGAGUUGUUCCAGAGGCAGUUAUGGUUGACGGAGUAG